AUGGGGAGGGGAAAGUUCAAGGGAAAGCCCACCGGCCGCCGCAACUUCUCCACGCCCGAGGAGAUCGCUGCUGGUACUUCAGGCCGCCCACGCACCUUUAAGAAGAAGGAGGAAGAGGAAGAGGAGGAACAGGAAGAAAGAGAAGAGUCCGAGGAGGAAGAAUCUGAAGACGAGUCUGAUGACAAACCUAAACAUAAAGGUACUGAGGGUAUUAUUCAGAUUGAAAAUCCAAACUUAGUGAAAGCCAAGAAUAUAAAGGCCAAGGAAGUUGACCUUGGAAAGACAACUGAACUCUCAAGGCGCGAAAGAGAGGAGCUUGAGAAACAAAAAGCUCAUGAACGUUAUAUGAAGCUUCAGGAGCAAGGAAAAACAGAACAAUCACGGAAAGAUUUGGGUGAGAACUCUGUUACACUUGCUGAUACUCUACUGUUAUGGCUUUGUAUUUCUAAAAUGCACAAGAUCACAGCAACCUGUAGCCUCAGCCUGCUUCUGGAAGUAUCAUCACAGUUUCCAUUUUGUUUUGUAAAAACAUACAUUACAUUGAAGGAGGUAGCCUGA